UCCCGCUCAGAUGUCACUAGUGUUGAUUUCCUCGAAGACUAUACCGUUUAUUUUAAGGGCGCAUGCUCAAUUUGCCUCUUUUGGAUUAGUUUCCAUCUUGAUCACAUCUUGCAAGGUUCAAUCUCUCUAAAUAAACAACAAUGGGCGAUAUUGAUGAUACCCAUUUUGAAACUGGAGACUCUGGAGCCUCAGCAACUUAUCCUAUGCAAUGUUCUGCCCUACGUAAAAAUGGAUUUGUUAUGUUAAAAUCUAGACCCUGCAAGAUUGUCGAAAUGUCCACAUCCAAAACUGGCAAACACGGUCAUGCUAAAGUUCACUUAGUAGGGAUCGAUAUUUUCACAGGUAAAAAAUAUGAAGAUAUUUGUCCCUCUACACAUAAUAUGGAUGUCCCCCAUGUAAAACGUGAGGACUAUCAAUUGACUGACAUUUCUGAUGAUGGAUAUUUGUCUCUUAUGUCUGAUAAUGGUGAUUUGCGUGAGGAUUUAAAAGUGCCAGAAGGUGAAGUUGGUGCUCAAUUAAGGGCCGACUAUGAUGCCGGUAAAGACAUACUCUGUACUGUACUCAAAUCGUGUGGCGAAGAAGUGGUGAUUGCAGUAAAGACAAAUACUGCCUUGGAUAAAUAAUGGCCGGGUAAAGUGGUGGGGUCCAAGUUCAUGUGUCACCAAGUCCAACAGGUCCCCGCUGUUUAUAUUAUAUGAAUAUAUUAUCCUAUUGGACCAUCAGUUAUCAACAGCUUACCUAAUGUUACGCCGCAUCGACUUGCAGAAUGUCGGUGUAGUGUAUUUUACAACUUUGUACUUUUGUUGUCUAAAUUUAAUGCAAAAGCUACACUUACGUUCAAUAAAUUAAUUUAAUUUUAACCUUAUUGUAAAUUUUUUUUUAAUCUUUUUUUACCAUCUCUUAGAACCACCUUCUUCUCUUAAAUUUUUACAGCAAUAUUUGUGUAAAGGAGUGAUAGUUUUUGUUUAUUUUUUUGUUUUGUUUUCUUUUUGUUCAUUCUGUCAGAAUUAGGUGAUUCUAGAUACUUGUUGACAUUUACUUUCAAUUAAAUAAACAUAGCAUUUUUUAAA